AUGUUUGCUACCCAUCUCAUUGUCGACUCUCUUAGCAUCUCUACCGUCGCCCAAGUCAGUACCUUCUCUGGAACCACAACAUCCGGUCCUACGGCAACUAUGAACACUGCGUCCAACGACCCCAGAAGUUCGUCAGCUGAGGCUACCAUAGGUUUGGUGUCUACAAGCCUUUUCUUCACCCCGAAUACCAUUACCUCGAGUGCCAUAACUUCACCCCCUGUCACAACCACUUCAAGGACCAGCUCGUCUAUGAAUCCCGUACAUGGUGAACAGUCAGUGAGCAAUGACAGCAAGAUUCCCACAAGCUUUUUGGGGGCCAGUUCCUUUUCCUCAACCGUGGGCACAUCUUCUACUGUCACCAUAUCCACGUCCGGCGCCACUUCAUCGGCCAUGCACUCCUCGACAUCUGCAGCAUCUCCGACUCCCGAUACAACUCCGCUUUCUAUUACUUCGCCGGUUCCUUCUCUUGGAACUUCUGAAGCAGCUACGGCUGCAUCGACCACCUCCCGCAGUGCCGCCUCCACCGCCACCGCACCUUUUGACUUGAUAGGACUUAUUCUCGCUGGAAUUUUCGUCCUCUUUAUAUGA